AUGAGGUAUCCAUAGCCCAUAGGGUCGUCGUUGGGGCUUCCAACGCUACUCUGCUCUGCAACUCUCUCCACCUCCGCAUCUGGCUAUUUGCAGGAAGACAGGGAAGUUGUGGGGCUAGCUCCUCCAACGACCAGCAUUAAUCAUAGCAAAAUUCUCUCAAGGUAUACAAGCCAAAUAUCGUUGGUCAUCAUGGGGGUUGAGUCUGAACAUCUUGUGCAGACUUCAUCAAUGCUUGCCACGGCUUGAAUAAGAGAAAGAUAGAGCUUCCCUUUAGGUGAGGUGACAUUUUGGACUAACCUCAAGGCCCUCAACAAAAGGAAGUACAGAGCCUUCAUUUGCACCAAUUGUUGUGACUAGGUGGCCGGGGCAGUCACCAUGUUCUAAGCCAUUUCCUUCUCAUGCAACUCUGCAUUUACUUGCUUGCUUAACCAUGAAGCUCUUUGCCUUCCUCAGAAUUGUCCGUGCCCCUCCAACUCUCUCUAGGAUAACUGGUCCACUUCAGUUUCGUCUGUUCCAACCUGAUUUUGUUCCCAGAGAUCCCAAGGCCAAGCCGAAGAGGUACAAAUACCCUGCUUUAUAUGAUCCAUAUGGCCCUAAACCCCCACCUUGUGAUAAGAUCAUUCAGCUUGCUGAACGUAUUGCUACCCUACCCCCUGAUGAACUCAAGCAGAUAGGUCCAACUCUACAAGCCAGAUUAAGGCAUCCCAAAAUGCAACAGAUUGCAACAGAGGGAAUGGACUUGGGUCAGGGUGGGCCAACUGCUGGAUCUGCGAAGGCUGAGGAGAAGAAGGUGGAGAAGACAGCUUUUGAUGUGAAACUGGAGAAGUUUGAUGCAGCAGCAAAGAUCAAGGUGAUCAAAGAAGUCAGAGCAUUUACCAAUCUCGGGUUGAAAGAAGCUAAGGACUUGGUUGAGAAGACACCAGUCCUAUUGAAACAAGGGGUCACCAAGGAGGAGGCGAAUGGCAUAAUCGAGAAGAUAAAGGCUGCGGGUGGCGUUGCAGUAGUGGAGUAAGUCUCACAUAUGCAAGUUUUCCUAAUUUUUAGCUUUAAAUGCCCCGUAUUUUUUAGGUUAAAUUACAGAUUUUUUCACUGAUGCAACACGUCUUCAGAACGAAAAGCUUCAUUGUUGGAGUUCCUAAAGAAUGUUACUUUUGACUCAAUGAAAUUCUAUCAUUUAAUUUAA